GGUUGAAGUGCCCUUAGUUGAGCUCGACCCAGCUGGAUUCUUCAAAAUAAAUGUCUUCUUUGAAAUAUGACUUACUUAACUAAAUAAAAUUAGUAUAUAUUCACGGUAUAGCCUUUUCGGGGUCCAAACCUAACCUUGUCAGUCCUUGGUCGACAUCUCAAGGUAAAUUUAUGUAACUGACAUAUAUAGGAGACCCCUAGAUUUAAACGUUGUGACCCUGUCAUGCAUACUUGUAGAUAUAAUAAAUAGACUUGAACGUUUAGAGUGUAGCAUGUUCUGCAGUGUAUGUAUUUUUGUUCCCCCCAGAUUUCCUAAAGUGGGGGCUGUCUGUCAAAGGGUUUCGGGGGAAGAUUCAUUAAACGUCAGAGGGAGGCAAGGCUCUGACUCACGCGUGCGUUGCAUCCAAGGCGUAUAAAUGGGCGAUUGGAGCCGAGAUAUAAAUAAAGAAUACAAUAUUCUUGAGGGAGAAAGGGUCACCGCGCGCCGCUGGAUGGAAUUUUUUCGCGCUCUAUUGGUAUUCUGCUGUCGUCGCCGUUGGACUGUUAGAUCUCGUACCUUUGCCGGAUUUCUGGUCGCUCCGUCAUAGGUCCAAAUACAGACUCGACAACCUGUGCGCCUGCUGAAGUUCCCGGGUUAUUCCCCGCCGAAGAUCACCUAAUUACCGAACCGAAGAACACGGAAGAGCGAUGGCCACGUCCGAACCCACCGCCAGCGGCGCGGACCCAGACCCUAACACUGCCAAUUUAAGACCCUCGUCCACAACCUACGAUCAGGCAUGGAUGCACGGGUGCACACGGAAACUGGGAAUGAAGAUCUGUGGGUUCUUGCAGAAGAACAACAGCCUGGACGACAAGGGGAGGCUCGCGGGCCAGAAGAACCUGCUCUCUUGCGGCGACAACAGCGACUCGCGCUUCCGCCGCACGGAGAGCGACUUCUCCAAUCUGUAUGCUCGAGACCUGCUUCCCGCCAAAAAUGGCGAGGAGCCAACCAUCCAGUUCCUGAUGGAGGUGGUCGAGAUCCUCACCAACUACGUCAGGAAGACGUUCGACCGCUCCACCAAGGUGCUGGACUUCCACCACCCACACCAGCUGCUGGAGGGCAUGGAGGGCUUCAACCUGGAGCUGUCCGACCAGCCGGAGUCCUUGGAGCAGAUCCUGGUGGACUGCAGGGACACGCUCAAGUAUGGCGUCCGCACAGGUCACCCACGCUUCUUCAACCAGCUCUCCACCGGCCUGGACAUCAUCGGCCUGGCCGGAGAGUGGCUGACCUCCACGGCCAACACCAACAUGUUCACCUAUGAGAUUGCGCCGGUGUUUGUUCUGAUGGAGCAGCUGACCCUGAAGAAGAUGAGGGAGAUGGUGGGCUGGCCCAACGGCGAGGGGGACGGCCUGUUCUCCCCAGGGGGCGCCAUCUCCAACAUGUACAGCGUGAUGAUCGCACGCUACAAGUACUUCCCUGAGGUGAAGGCCAAGGGCAUGUCUGCAGCGCCGCGCCUGGUCCUCUUCACCUCCGAACACAGCCACUACUCCAUCAAGAAGGCCGGCGCCGCCCUGGGUUUCGGCUCAGAGAACGUCAUCCUGCUCAGCACCGAUGAGAGGGGGAGAGUCAUUCCUGCAGACCUGGAGGCCAAGAUCAUUGACGCCAAACAGAAGGGCUGCGUGCCGCUGUUUGUGAACGCCACGGGGGGCUCCACCGUGUACGGGGCCUUCGACCCCAUCAAUGAGAUCGCCGACAUCUGCGAGAAGUACAACCUGUGGCUGCACGUGGACGGGGCGUGGGGAGGAGGUCUGCUGAUGUCCAGAAAGCACCGCCACAAGCUCGACGGGAUCGAGAGGGCCAACUCUGUGACCUGGAACCCCCACAAGAUGAUGGGGGUACCCCUGCAGUGCUCUGCCAUCCUGGUCCGGGAGAAGGGCAUCCUGGCCGGCUGUAACUCCAUGUGCGCCGGAUACCUGUUCCAGCCCGACAAGCAGUAUGACGUGACCUACGACACCGGGGACAUGGCCAUCCAGUGUGGGCGCCACGUGGACAUCUUCAAGUUCUGGCUCAUGUGGAAGGCCAAGGGUACGAUUGGGUUCGAGCAGCACAUUGACAAGUGCCUGGACCUGUCCCAGUAUCUGUACAACAAGAUCAAGGACCGCGAGGGCUACCAGAUGGUGUUCGAUGGAGUGCCCCAGCACACCAACGUGUGCUUCUGGUACCUCCCACUCAGCCUGAGGGGCAUGCCCGAGGGAGCAGAGAGACGAGAGAAGCUCCAUAGGGUGGCCCCCAAGAUCAAGGCAUUGAUGAUGGAGUCGGGGACCACCAUGGUGGGCUACCAGCCCCAGGGUCAGAAAGUCAACUUCUUCCGCAUGGUCGUCUCCAACCCGGCCGCCACCCAAUCGGACAUCGACUUCCUCAUCGAUGAGAUUGAGAGGCUGGGCCAUGACCUGUAGACGCCAAACUGGCGCCACCCUGUUGGUCACCGGCUGAAACGACAACACUCUCUCACUAAUACCGU